AUGUCGGAAAACGUACCUCCAGCUUCCACAGCCGUGGGUGCCAAUGGCGAUGUUCCUGGGCAGCCAUUCUACGACAAAGCUCGUGCACAUCUGAAAGACCUGCUCCAGAAGAAGCGUCUACUCGAACGAAGCCUCGCUCAACAAGAGGAGUCAAUCUACAAGAAAGAGACAGAUUAUCUCGAGGAUACACCGAGUGGGAACAUCAUAACGGGGUUUGAGGCGUACACGAAAGGCAGUGGAAGUUCUGCGCCGGGGCAGAGGAGGAGGGCGGCGGUCCAAGAGAGCAACAGAGUGUUUUCGAGGAGUAGCAUUAGCUAUAAUGUCAAUGCUGAAUCUCCAAUGGAUACCGCGCAGUCAACACCCAUGGCGGCGAUGCCAAACACCCCUCUUGAGAUCACAAAGGGUGAUUCAGGAUCUAACCAUGCUACACCUACGAGUGCCACUUCGGCGAAUAAGUAUGGCGCAGGGACCAAGAAGAAUAAGAAAGUGGCAGAUGGAGAGGAUAGUGAGCUGGAUAAGGAGACAAAGAAGAUCAGGACGAAUUUUGGAGUUGCUGCGAGAAAGUGA